AUGGUGCUGAAUGUAUUCCGCAAAACCGACGCUGACGUGAGCGACGAGGCCAAAGCAUUCAUCAACUCGCUCCCGUCCACGUUCAUGAACCUGUUUCGCAAGAAACGCAAUCUAUUUCCCGUGUGGAGUUCGAGCAAGUACUGCGUCAUGAUCAAGGCCACGUUUCUCGUGUAUUACCGUGCUUCCAAGGAUCAUCAACCGGGACUGUCGAGUCCGACGAAUCCCGCCACCCUGGACGAUCGCCAUUACAAGUACAUCAACCUUCGUCAUUGCAACAUUAAGAUCGUCGACGACGACAACUUGGGGAACGUGUUUGUGAUCACGCCAGAGCACGGUCGCGGUAGCGUCACGUUUGCCGCUGACAGCGAGAAAGAUCGCGCCAAGCUGAUUGCGCAUGCAAACAACGUCCAACGGGACGUGCCACGUCCGAGCGACUUUGAAACCCUCAAGCUGAUUGGAAAAGGCCACUACGGGCGCGUAAUCCUUGCCAAGGACAAGCGCAACGACCUGUAUGCUAUCAAGGAAAUGAAAGCCGGCCAGGUCAAGCACAAGGUAAUUCACACCGAGCGCAUGGUGAUGGAGUGGAUCGGCGACCAUCCGUUUGUGCUCGGGCUCGACUACGCCCUGUCGAGUGGCCGAUCGCUGUAUUUAAUCUCCAAGUUCAUGCCGGGUGGUGACCUGUUCCUGCACAUGCAAAACCACGGCGGGUCGUUCCCCGAAGCGGUCGUGAAGUUUUACGCGUCCGAGAUUGUCGUCGCGCUGACGCAUCUGCACACGAUGCACAUUUUGCACCGCGACAUCAAACCAGAGAACGUUUUGCUCGACGUCGACGGCCACAUCAAGCUCGCCGACAUGGGCUUGUCCAAGCGGCUCGAGUCGAAGCACGGUCGAACCAAGACCAUGUGCGGUACCGACGCCUACCUUCCCCCUGAAAUGGUGAACCGGACGCUCCAAGGCCACGGCCUCCAGGUUGACAUGUGGCAGCUCGGGUGCCUCCUGUAUGAGCUGCGGUCCGGCUACCCGCCGUUUUACCUGCCCCAGUCCAAGCAAAAGCACACGCAUCAGCGCAUCUUGUUUCAAAGCCCGAAAUUCACAUCGUCCAUCUCGCCCGAGUUUCAAGACCUGCUCACGAGUCUACUGGAGAAGGAUCCGUCCCGACGCCUCGGUCAUAUUAACGGCAUCGCCGACGUCCGCGAUCACGCCUGGUUCCGCGGAACGGACUGGGAUAAGGUUCGAAAGAAGGAGCUUGUGCCACCGAUCCUGCCCAAACCCGCCGGCGAUGACUGGGUCAACAACUUUGAUCCGCAAUUCACAGAGCAGCCCCACUCGCUCGACGACGAGAAGUCGCUCGAGGCAUCGCUGCAUCUAGCCAAAGAGUUUGCUGGCUUUGACUACGUCCGACCAACCAUCAAACCCAUCACGACCCCCACACUCCAGAACCGCGAUCCCACUGCCCGACUGGACCCCUCCAUUCCCUUGGAGCCGCAAUUUGUGUCGUUGCAGAUCUAA